GGCGGGGGCCUCGGCGGGCGCGCGGCGCGCGGGGCCAUGGUCGUGGCCCCUUGACGGACCGCGGCCGCCUCCAUGAAGCGGAAGAGCGAGCGGCGGCCGUGCUGGGCCGCCGCGCCCCCCUGCUCGCGGCGCUGCUCGUCGCCCUCGGCGGGCGUGAAGAAGAGCCGCAGCUCCACGCCGCAGGAGCUGCACUGCCUGGACCAGCAGGACGACGUGUACCUGGACAUCACCGAUCGCCUUUGUUUUGCCAUUCUCUACAGCAGACCAAAGAGUGCAUCAAAUAUACAUUAUUUCAGCAUAGAUAAUGAACUUGAAUAUGAGAACUUCUACGCAGAUUUUGGACCACUCAAUCUGGCAAUGGUUUACAGAUAUUGUUGCAAGAUAAAUAAGAAAUUAAAGUCCAUUACAAUGUUAAGGAAGAAAAUUAUUCAUUUUACUGGCUCUGAUCAGAGAAAACAAGCAAAUGCUGCUUUCCUUAUUGGAUGUUAUAUGGUUAUAUAUUUGGGGAGAACUCCAGAAGAAGCAUAUAGAACAUUACUCUUUGGAGAGACAUCCUAUAUUCCUUUCAGAGAUGCUGCCUAUGGAAGUUGCAAUUUCUACAUUACACUUCUUGACUGUUUUCAUGCAGUAAAGAAGGCAAUGCAGUAUGGCUUCCUUAAUUUCAACUCAUUUAACCUGGAUGAAUAUGAACACUAUGAAAAAGCAGAAAAUGGAGAUUUAAAUUGGAUAAUACCAGACCGAUUUAUUGCCUUCUGUGGACCUCAUACAAGAUGCAGACUUGAAAGUGGUUAUCAACAACAUUCUCCUGAGACUUAUAUUCCAUAUUUUAAGAAUCACAAUGUUACUACCGUUAUUCGUCUGAAUAAAAGGAUGUAUGAUGCUAAGCGCUUUGUGGAUGCUGGUUUCGAUCACCAUGAUCUUUUCUUUGCGGAUGGCAGUACCCCUACUGAUGCCAUUGUCAAAGAAUUUCUGGAUAUUUGUGAAAAUGCUGAGGGUGCCAUUGCAGUACAUUGUAAAGCCGGCCUUGGUCGCACAGGCACUCUGAUAGCCUGCUACAUCAUGAAGCAUUACAAGAUGACAGCAGCCGAGACCAUUGCAUGGAUCAGGAUCUGUAGACCUGGCUCCGUGAUUGGGCCUCAGCAACAAUUUUUGGUGACGAAACAAUCAAGCCUCUGGCUGGAAGGUGACUAUUUUCAUCAAAAGUUAAGGGGGCAGGAGAAUGGACAACACGGAGCAGCCUUUUCCAGACUCCUCUCUGGUGUUGAUGACAUUUCAAUAAAUGGGGUCCGGAACCAAGACAAGCCAGAACCCGAACCGUACAGUGAUGACGAUGAAAUCAAUGGAGUGACACAAGGUGAUAGACUUCGGGCCCUGAAAAGCAGAAGACAAUCAAAAACAAACGCUAUUCCCCUCACAGUAAUUCUUCAGUCCAGUGUUCAGAGCUGUAAAACAUCUGAACCUAACAAUUCUGGCAGUGCAGGCAUUUCUAAAAGAACCACCAGAUCUGCUUCAAGGAAAGGCAGUUUUAAAAGCCUGGUUCCUCAGCGGGAAGGAAGGAAAAGGAGUGCUUUGCAGCAAAUGCCCUUUGUGGCGUUAUGUCCCUCCGUUUCAAGGACUAAAACAGUCUUGCGUUAAAUAAAAUCCUGUGACCAGAGUUGAAGGAGGACCCUAGGAACAGAAAACUGCGACAGGACUUAGCACAAUUUGAGAACAAAACAAAAUUGCAAAAGCCUUAGUUGCUUUCCACCUAAGAAGUUGAUUCAAUGAAGAAAAUGUCCACUGGAGUUGAAAUAACUAAUUGAGUUUGGGUACAAGUGAAUGACUUGAAGAAGGACCCAACUCUCCUAUAGAACCGUCUCAAGCUUAACAACAAAAAUGCUGUUGUAAAUUUAGUCUCAGGUGUAAAUACCCUAGCUCUCUGCGCCCCGGGGGGCUGGCUGUGUGUGUGUCCCUGUGAUGGCAAUCAUUUUAGCUGCUGGCCUCCAGAACAAUUGAGGAUCUCAUGGAGGUUUUUUAUGUAUUUAUUUUCUGUUCGCCCUGUGACCCAGUGUCAAAAUUUAUAUAGAUAAAAGAGGCAUUACUGAAAUGGUACUUUCUGUAAUUUGAUACUAUUUGGCUUAAUCAUCUUCACUUUACUAUUUGUAAUACUGUCUUAAUGUUGAUUCUGUUAAGUACCCAAGCUGUUUGUCUUCCACCAAAGAGUGCUUUACUGACAAGAAUCUGUGAAAUCCACAUUUAAACACUAUUGCAUGUUGUAAUACUGAAGUGUGGUACUUUGGUAACCUAAAACUUGCAAGAGAAUAUUCAUGGUAGCUUUAGAAGACUCAGGAGGAAAAACUGGCCUCAGAGUUGGAAGACUGUGACAAGUCAUUCCUUUUUAUGUCGUUUAGAGACUGAAGAAUUGCAAGGCGGCCCGUUGUUUGGUUGCCUGGUCACACAAAUUAAAAUCAUAUUUCCUUCCACGCACGGAAGAAAUACACUGUUGGUUUUUCCCCUUGGAAACGGCAAUCCCAAAUAAUGGUGGCUUUAAAAAAAAUGUUAUUCCUCCUUCAGAAUCUUUCUCUGUAAGUUGGAUUUUUUUCCCUAUGUGAUUAGCCUAAGGCCAUUCACACAUCCUUUGAUUUCAGUGACAAUUAUUUGCUUCUGGAUUUCAGUUGUUUGUGGUAAGAAAACUCACUGUUGCCUUUGGUUAGGGAAUAUGACCAGUAACUCUUUGCAGAGUGCCUUCUCCCCACGCCCCCGACACACAGCGGAGUCUGUGAUAUACAGCAGUCACAAAGAUAGAAUUUGUUUGCUGCUAAAAACAAUAAAAAUGGGACCCCAAAUAAAAGAAUAUUUUGCACUCACCUUGGUUCCUCCCAUAGUAAGAAGUGGGUGGUUUAGUGAUUGUUACGCAGUUUUUGCCUGUGCUGGUUUGGAGAAGGGAGGGACGCAGUAUUUGGCGCUGGGGGCAAAUGCCCUCCCAGGCCAAGAGGAAUAAUGUAUCAGGUCAGCAGGCAGCUCCGUUUGAAGGAGCUGCCUUUUCCACAGAACUAUUUAGGGAUAAAAUGUGGCUGGAAUAAGCAGGUUAAAGUCUUUAAUGCACAAAGUAACUGAAAGCAAUGACUCUAUUUUGGUGUUUACUCUCUUGGAGUAAAGUGUAAAACUGACGGCGAGGGUAGACGAAGAUGCCGUUGUCGCAGCCACAUAGCUCCUGCCCCACCGGGCACUUGGGGAGGGCGAGCAUGCCCGCUUUGAAACACUAGGGGCCAGAUCACAGAAAAAGAGUGGUUUUCUAUCCCUGGAAAUAAAUAGGCACAAAAACCCACUUCUCUAUGGGAAGACUGCUCUUCAAUAAGAUCUGGGUAGAGGAGGAACGUUCCAGUUGCUAUCUUGUGCUGAAAUACGAAAUAUUCAGACUGUGCCCGUGCACAAAGCAUUGAAUUCUCAGGGCAACUCUUCUUCCCCUUACACUUUUUAAGGCCACCUCCUCGGUAAAUAAUCCAGGUACUGGCAGUUGCGAAAGUCAAACUUCCAUCUGAACCGUUGUCGGUUUGGCUUUUUAUUAUGUCAGAACAAGUAAAUGUGCCGCCUGCCGUGGCUCUUGGUGGGCACUGCUUCCUCACAGUGAAGAAGCCACCUGGUAUCUUGGCCUAGAGUAAAAAGUAUGGGUGUCAGUGCGAACCACUGCUUUUUUGUUUUAUCGAUUGCCUUUUCAUGUUGGCUGCUCAAGUUUUCAGCUAGAAUUGCUGUCACUGUGGCUCUUUCUAAAAAUCCCUGUAUUUAACUGGCUCACUGAAAUUAGUCAUAGGAAACUUGUGUUUGGUAAAGAAGCAUUCCUUGGAAUCCCAGAUGACUUGGGAUAGUGCUUCACAUGGCAUAGCAACGGUAUGAAAGGCGUGGGGAAUCCAGGAAGUCUCUGGGUCUGACUGAUGGAAAGUUCUUUCUGCUGUGAAUGUGAGUGGACCCUCCCCACCCCUCCAGCCACCACCACCAGCUGAAACCACAAGACACCCAGAAUCUUCUGGGGUUCUAACUUAGAGUCCUUGUUAUAGAAGACCUUGUUGCUAUGGAAUAGGAAACCAGUACAUGUCAGAUGGAAGAAAUUCCUUUUUUGAGAGCCUUAAAUAACUCUGAAAAUACACCAAGAUAGUAUCCAGUAGAAUUAAAAUUAGAAAUGAAUAUUUUUAGGUGCCCUUGAAGCUUUCUGGGGACUCAAAUCAUAAGAGAAAGGGGCUGUCCAAAGGAAGCGUGUUUGCAAAACUGUGUUCUUGGAAGUACAGGCAGACCUGUCUCUGGCAGUGCUGAAGAGGGACUCUGAGGCGCUUGCCUGUCAGUGCAGAGGGACACCUCCUGAGGCGCCAGUGUGAGUCGCUCCUCUGCAGAAUGUCUCCAUUCUCAGCUUCAUGCCCUUAGCCUGUCCCCCGCCCGUCCCUCCCCCGCCCUCGUAGCCCUCUCACAGGGGUGAUCGCUACCUCUUUUUGUGGGCCCAAGCAGGUUUUAGAGGAGUUCCUAAGUGCCCUCACGAGGCCAGCGUGUUCGCUGUUGGAGCAGAAUGCCUUCUGCAUGUGUGUGACCCGAGGGCGUCCCCUUGCCUGAACCACCGUCCCUGACACACGAGCAGUGCACUCGCGUGUCCGUUCUUCAUGUAGCUUCGCUCCUCCUCCUGCGCACCUGCAUUUGCAGACGUAAUCGUUGCACUUGGGAAAGCAGUGCUUGUCAAAAACAACUUUAAGAACAUGCUCUGUUAUUUCUUUAAUAGUUAUCUCCCACUAUUAAACAGUCCUGGUGAGGCCAGCUGCCGCUCUUCCAAAUCUCCACAUCUGAGUAUGCUCCGUGUCACUGAGUGGAAAUACGACAGAUGUGCUUAAAAGACUGGACAGCUGGCCUAUACCGUGUAGGAAGUUACCUCCUAAUCACCCAGUAGAAUUCACUGUCAGCACAUUGUUCACCUGAUGAUAGUACUGAAGUUUUAUACUAAUAAUCUGCAGACUUUUAUCCAACCUGCAUUCGUGUACAGAUUAUUAAAAGUUUUAAAUGUAACUGAUUAAUCAGUAUUUGAUCAUUGUCUUGACUUUUUUAUUACAAUGUAUAUUUCUAAUCAUAUUUUUUAAAGCCUAGAGAACUGGUUGAAUGAAUGUUUAUUUUCCUGAAGGUAUUUUUAAGAUAAAGCUUCUAAUGGCCUGUAAACUUUGCAUAUAUAUGUAGUUUGAUACGUAUUUGUCACAUUUGAAAAUCUUGUGUAUUGUAACUGGUUUUUAUAUAAAAUAUUAAAUAGUGGAAAUUGUAUAAUUAUAAUAAUCAUGUAAUUAAAACUAUUAACC